AUGCGAUUGAAAAUAAGUCUUCGCCGGCAACUAUCCGACAACAUCGAUACGUCCAACUUCAAGCCGAAGAAAUUGGAUAUUGACUAUCUUCAGACAGUUCUUACUGCAGCCUCGACUCAAGAGAAUUUGCCUGGUCUCUGCAAAAACAAUCUCCCGCCAUUGCUCUUUCGAUGGUCAAAUUUCGACUCGCAAGGAAUCAACUGCAAGACCGAGCUCCGAGCGGGACUAUUCGAAAACACUGGCUCACUCAUUUUCAACCCGGGGGAUAUUUCACAGGAGUUCUUAGAACAUUUCAAGAACCACGCUACAAAGGCAAAGCUCAAAACACCUUUCAUCUCCACUUCCCAAGCGCCGAUAUCCCCAGUUCAUCGAGGAAUCCGGGCAGGUAAAGGUGCCAUACUGACUAUAAUCGACACGUCCAAACUCGACACCCCGAUCUUCACGGCCCAAGAGCUGGUAAAGCUCACAGAUACUCGCACACCCUGCUACAGAGGCUACGGGGAGUUUCUGGUCUGGGGACGCGUGCCAACCCCAGCAAUCGUCAGUACUAUCUACAUCGACACCCUGAAGGAACUCGUGGCUGGGCAUCCGGAAAUUGAAUACCUCCUGCAAUUUUCUUUGUUUCAAAGCCGAAAGGCUUGUAACAAUGGAUUCAUCGCGGACCUCACAAAAAGGGAAAUUCCAAAGCAUCAAGCCGGGUGUAUUCUAGGAAAGCUCCUUGAGAUCCUGGAAAUCCCAGUCCCACACAGAGAGAAUGUGGCGCGAGCAUCUGUUCAAAGAUGGCACUGGUCCCAAAAACGUCUAUCCGAAUUCCUCCAAGGUAUUCAAGAUUGCUCUACUGUCGAUAUCGAUGAGCUCGAGCGGCCAGAUGAGAUGCCCUACACGCCGCAGAAUACCCCUCCUCAGAAGAAACAAAAAGAGAUAGAGGAGGAGACCAUGGACUCCGACUAUGACUACGAGCUUUCAGAGGAUGAAGACUCUGACUCGGAAUCAUACGAGUUUGAUGACUCCAAAGAAAGCUCGCACGGCUCAUGGAUGCCUUUCCGUCACAGGCCUGAGACGCCCAGCGAUGGAUACUUUUCGGUGCACGACACUGUGACAGUAUGCUCAGGACCAGUACCUACUGCCGAAGAUCGUUUGAGUCUUCCCGCAUGGGACGUACCCCCGAUGCCCUACAAUGAGCAGCUACGCACCCCAAACCAGGGCUCGAGUCGCUUCUUGAACGGAAUUCCGGGGAGUAGACCGGAGACGCCGAUUGUGAUUGAUGCGGAAAAUGACAGUCUGAAUAUUGUCACGGCAGAUGACUGGCCGUCAGAGAGCGAGGCAGUCCUUGACACACCCACCAGGAGACCGACUCGAUAUUCCAGGAAUCGACCUUUGCGUUGA